AUGGGCUGGUCAUUGUCCUCUCUAACUUCUACCUUGCCCAGUUUCUCCCAAUCUCCCUCCGAGGUUGACUCCAUAAUCGCGGUUAUCAAAGGAUUUGUCUCUGCACUGAAUUCCAAAAACGUCAUCGAGUUCGAAAAGUACUGCGUGCGCGCAGGGGGUAUGUCGCUAUGGCCACCGGCACCCACAACGCCUCGUUUCUGCACGAUUGGAGCUUUCGUGGAGCACAUUGCAAAAGUCGAAGACGAGAUCGACGAGCAGAUCUGGGAUCCUGAAGUCAAGGUGUACGAGUCGGGGAAUCUCGCUACUGUUUGGGCGCCUUCCGAGCCAAAAUCAACGGGGUCGUGA